UGUAAUUUCAGCGUAAACUGAUUUCGCAGCUCAUAGGAGGCUUUAGACAUUAAGUCAUAAGAAAGCGAGUUAUACAUUUUAGUUUUAAGAAAGCGACAGAAAGAUCAUGUGCAAAAGGAAAGGCUCUACAUUAAUAUGAGUUUGACGGUGGCAGCAGAGCGCUUCUGAAGAGGGGGACGAUUCUGAAGUUUGUUGGAACACGCGACACUCGGAUUAUCAACAGCGCAUUUUCUUCAACAAUUUUCUUUUGCUGGACGAAAACAAAAUACAUAUAUAAAAAACAGCCAGUCUCUCACUGUUUAUCAACUCACAAUAACUUUGAGAUUGAUCCCACCACCUUUUGGCUUCUUUCCAGACUCCGUAACUUACAAAUAGCGGCAGGCGAUGGUGAACAGCCGUGUGGAAACCGCAGCCGUUGCAGUAACAGGAGGCAGCGGCGGGGCAGUGCGCUCCUGUGCAGGCUGCGGAGGUCGGAUCUCGGAUCGCUUCCUGCUCUUCUCCAUGGAUCGGUACUGGCACACGCGCUGCCUCAAGUGCUCCUGCUGCCAGGCUCAGCUGGGAGAGAUCGGCAGCACCUGCUUCAGCAAAGGAGGAAUGAUCCUCUGCAAGAACGAUUACAUCAGGUUGUUUGGUCACAGUGGAGCCUGCAGUGCAUGUGGACAGUCUAUCCCUGCCAGUGAGAUGGUGAUGAGGGCCCAGGGUAAUGUCUACCAUCUAAAGUGUUUCACUUGUGCCACAUGUCGAAAUCGCUUGGUGCCUGGUGACCGAUUUCACUACGUCAAUGGCACCAUCUUUUGUGAACAUGACCGACCAGGUGGAGCUUUGCUCAGUAGUCACCUGACCCCCCUGCAGAACAACACCCUCCUACCUGACCAAAAGGUGUGCUGAGAAAACAAGGAUGUAUAAUUUGCGGCGUGCCUUCUCUUCAUUUUUUCCUCCCAUCUUCCCUUCAAUCCAUCAUUGUGAAUGUCCACCCACACCCAAGAUGUCCACUUUUCUUUCGUGCAUCCAGCCAGAACUAGGCAAGUACUCUGGGUCACUUGCGAGACAAUCACCCCUAACGAGGGAAACACAAUCAAAUUGGAGAAAUCUGAGAAUGAUCACUCAUAUGUGGUCCAUCUGGUUAUGGCUGGGAUGGCUGAAGCCUUACUCUUUUAAAGAGCAGCUAAUUAAAGCUGGGGUGAUUUUGUUCGCUUUUGAGAAGUUUCUCAAGAAAUGUUGUGGACAUUACCUGACAUUUUGGACUGCAUGGGUCUAUGGAUUAUGAAAGCUAUCACUUCUUGCCCACAAAAUGAUGUUUUAAGACUGUUAAAACUCACAGUUUUGUUUCAGUGGUGGUUGCCUUUAGCUUACAGGCCCUUUUCACUUUAAGUGUAAUUUGAUCUUUUUUGAAAACGUUCUGUCAUCUUUGGUGCCUAAAAAAAAAACAUUUUUAUGUCCAGUUUUUUUCUCCUUUGUCAUUUACUUCUUAGCAAGUAAUUAUACACAUACAGAGUACAGACACGUGAAGAUGUAUUGUUUUGUCUACUCGCGUUUAUGAUGUAUGAAGUGCUCUUUUUGAAAGAGUCAGAGUCUCCAGAGGAAACAGCAUGUUUUUUUUUCCAUGGUUUGGUAGAAUAAAUAUGUCUGUAUGCAUAUUCUCUAAUAGAGACUGCUAUUCAGUGUCUGCCAAGACUUUUGGGAGCGUGAGGGAGAUGGAGAGUAAAAUUGUACAUAUCC